CAAGUGUACUUGGACGGAGUUGAUCUGCUACUGAGGUGAGAUGUCAACUUUUUGAUGGCUCCAUAAGGGGAAAAGAUAGUCAACAUUGAUAAACCCUAAGGUCAUUAUUCCGCAACAUUACUUAUUUGUUAGUCACCAAUUAGGUACCAUAGUGUGGAAGUACAGCGAUGUUUGAAAUAUACGGGAAAGUUGCAUUGGUAACGGGGGGUGCUGGAGGAAUUGGUUUGGCAAUUGCAAAGGAGCUUCUUAAGAAUGGACUGAAGGGGGUCGCUAUUGUUGAUACCAAUCAACUGCGAGGUAAUGCAGCUCUGCAUGAUAUUCGGCAAGAAUUUGGAGAGGGUAAAGCAAUAUUCCUACACCACGAUGUAUCUGUCAGAAGUCAAUUUGAAGAUGCCUUUAAGGCAGUAAUUGAAGCGUUCCAAAAUUUGGACAUUGUGGUCAACAAUGCCGGUAUCUAUAAUGAGAAGGAUUGGGAACGAACAAUCGCCGUAAAUCUGAUGGGAACAGUAAAUGGAACAAUGUUAGCUUUAGAAAAUUACUUACCGCAAAAUAAAAAAGGGGAAGAAGCUGUAAUUUUAAAUGUCUCCUCGAUUGCGGCGUUUUUAUUUUGUCCUGCGGCUCCAUCAUAUACUGCUAGUAAAUGUGGCAUAUUGGCACUAACUUCUUGUAUGGGGCAGCACGCACACUACCAAAGGAAAAAAGUAAGGGUAAUGGCAAUUUGUCCUAGUACCACUGCUACAGAGUUGUACACUGAAAGAAAAAGUACAGCAAUAAAUGAGGAAUACGUAAAGUUAUUGGAGGACUUCAUGGAAGGAGGAGGGAUGACAUAUGAACUACAGUGGCCCGAAGACGUCGCUAGGGGAGCGGUACAAAUAAUUAAAGAAGCUAACAAUGGGUCCAUAUGGAUGGCUGAGGAUAAAAAACCACCCUACGAAGUAGAUUUCGUUGCCAUGAAUCAAGUUAAACGUUAAUUUUGUUAAUUUCUACUCAGUAGCUGUAGUUUCGCGUUUCUAUCCUAAUCGGGGAACCACCUGCCUGCUUUUACAAAACCAAUAAAGUUUUGGUGUUCAGAACACCUACACGAUCCUUGAUCGUCAUUGUUCAA